AUGCAGUCUUCUGGCCGAAACGGCUCGCGCCCCGGAAACGAGAGUGGUGCGCAUGCACGAAGCGGCUCGUACUCUAACGCGCCACCGAACCCGCCGGCCAAGCUCCCACCCAGACCCUCGACGGGCAACACGCCCCAUCCGUAUGCAUCACUGCAGAACGGUCUCUCGCCGAUCGCUGAAUCUUCCAGUUCUCAGCGCACCGCAGCAUCGGGAACACCAUCGCCACCGAUAGGGCCUCGGGGUGCAUUAGGGCGACCUAACACGCCGUCUCAUGGCACUCCAUCGUUAGAUGAUCUUAGGCGGAAGCUGGUCAAGUUCACAUUGCCGGACGACGCAAAGUCUGUCACCAUCAAUGCAGCCGAUUGUGCCGGCGGUGUGGAAGUGCUUGUCAGAGCACUCAAGAAGUUCAACAAGCUUGGUGCAGAGGGUUCAGAGCGGGUUGAGAUUGGGGACGGCGGGUUGAGUGUCGACGGAUGGGGUGCCUAUCUGCACCGCGGUGCUGAUGAUACAGGUUCCCCUUUGACGGAGGCGCAGUUACUUUCUGUAUGCCAUGCACCCCUGGACGAUCCUUCUCGCGAAUACGGCCUCACUUUGCGACUGAUCGGGAGGACAAGACGUCCCAGGGCACGAUCAACGAGCCCCUCAAGCCCAGUCUUUGCUUCGAAAGAAAAAGACAUCGAUGAUGAACUCUUGUCACCAGACAACCCUCUUCUUGGUGCACAGACACCGGCUACGAAGGCCAUGAAACGCGCGAGUUCUAUAAGCAUACUCAGCGGAUUGGGCGUCCAAAUACCCGACAAAGCCCUUGAAUCGUCUACGUCCUCUCCAACCCAGAGCCCCACAAAAACACCGGCAAGUGUCAAGCGUCCGUCGAAAUUGCGCAACUUUUUUGGACAGCGGCCACCAAGCGAGCUCAUUACCACGCACUUGGCCGAAUACUUCCCGUUUACAGAGAAGAAAGUGUUGGAGCGUACGAGACGGCAGAGCAUGAUGCGAGCUGGUACUGCAGGCGCACCUGGCAAACGCGACAGUGUAGCCUCCUGGAAUCCACCAUCGAGCUCUCGAUUUAGUGUUAGCACAAUUAGUUCACAGCGAGGCUUGUCACCAAGUAUAUCGGCCAGCUCCACGUCUGCUGCCUUCCCUGAAAGGCCUCUCUCACCUCCUCCCCCUUUGCCGUUGGCUGCUACAACAGAAGCACCUCGAUUAUCGUUGUCUACAGAUGACGGACGCUCGUUUGAAUUGUCGGGUUCGGGCCAAGAGGACGACGAAGCAUACAGGCGAUUAUCUAGCCCACAUAUACUCCCCCCUGUUGCCUUCCCUUCGGAGUCCCUCUCCGAAUCGUUGAACCUUGAUUCCACGCAGCUUGGAUCGCGUCCUAAAUCAAGGACGAUGUCUGUCUCGUCGAGGCGGAUGAGUUUCAUGACGGAGCUUCGCAGCAAGCGCGACCGUUCCGAUACCGCUAGUCUCUUGACCGUCGAUGAGAUUACCGCAGAGGUAGAGAGUCGACAGGAGAGCAGCGAGUUGAAGCUAGAUUCUGACGGAUCAGAUGAGUGGACCAAGGUAGAUCUUGGUGAUGACGCUGAAAAGCAAAGUAUCAAGGAGGAGCUAGAAGAAGAGGAAGAAGAAGAGGAAGAGGAAGACACUGAGGAAGAGGAGGUCGGGGACGACGAUGAAACACUGAAUGAGGAUGAGCCUGGCAAGGCAAUCACGUCGGCAGGACGCGAGAGAACUAUCAAGUGGAUAAAGGGCGCUCUGAUCGGUGCCGGAUCGUUUGGGAAGGUGUAUCUGGGAAUGGACGCCUCGACGGGUCUUCUCAUGGCGGUGAAACAAGUGGAGUUGCCAACAGCUUCGGCCCCGAACGAGGAACGCAAGAAGAGCAUGCUGAGCGCUCUCGAGCGCGAAAUCGAGCUCUUGCAGGAGUUGCAGCAUGAGAACAUUGUGCAGUAUCUAUCCUCUUGCAUGGACGACGAUCAUCUCAACAUCUUUCUCGAGUACGUUCCUGGAGGUUCCGUCACGACAGUCUUGCGGAACUACGGCGCAUUUGAAGAGCCCCUGGUGCGGAACUGGGUGCGGCAGAUCCUCCUGGGUCUCAACUACUUGCACGAGCGCGAUAUCAUCCAUCGCGACAUCAAGGGCGCCAAUAUCUUGGUAGACAACAAAGGUGGUAUCAAGAUUUCGGAUUUCGGCAUCUCCAAGAAAGUUGAAGACAACCUGCUCCCGGGCCACCGUGCUCACCGACCCUCCCUUCAAGGUUCCGUCUUCUGGAUGGCACCCGAAGUUGUCAAGCAGACAGCAUACACGCAGAAAGCCGACAUUUGGAGUGUUGGUUGUCUCGUUGUUGAGAUGCUGACGGGUGAGCAUCCUUGGGCGCAGUUGACCCAGAUGCAAGCUAUCUUCAAGAUUGGCUCCUCGGCAAAGCCGACCAUCCCAGCUGAUAUCUCAUCCGAAGCCGAGAGUUUCCUUCAGCUCACGUUUGAGCUGAAUCAUGAAGCCCGUCCUUCGGCGGCUGAGCUUCUCAAGCACCCAUGGAUUGUCAACCAACCGUUACCUCUUGGCCACUAG